AUGUGGCAAGGCGAAUGGAUUGCCUAUAUGUCAGAAAUUGAUACAAAGAAACGAAUGAAUUUACACAGAUCAUCGGAUGACGAAGAGCAGUAUAUUCAACUUUAUUCAACUCGAACAGGACAAACAUAUCCGAUUGCACUCGGAAAAGAAGCUGUUCAUACAUUCACUUGGUCGAACACUAGUGCAAGUCUAUACUUUGCGGCACGUACGCCAUGUGCAAAUGAGGCUGAAGAAGAUUACAAAAGCGAAUGGAAUGAUGUCAUUCAAUAUCGAGAGCAAGAACGUGGCGAUACUAUCUAUCGUAUUAACAUUGAAGAUAUAACUGCAUACAAAAUAGAGACACUGAUAAAUAUUUCAUUGCGAGUAGCUGAACUGAUUUGCUCACCUGAUGGACGACGACUAUUGUUUUCGACUAGUUCCAAAUUAGGAGACCUGGAGUCAAUGGAAGAUUUUGAAAUUUAUGCACUUGACUUGAUGAAUCGUUCACAAACAGUCCCGAUCAGAUUGACGAACAAUCAAGCAUAUGAAGAGGAAUUGACAUGGUUCAAUAAUGAAGAAUUCUUUUUUACAGUUUCCGGCUAUGGAUCCAUCGAAGGUUCCUAUAAGGAUAGUCAAGGACGACUCUACUCAAUGAAUGUCAUCAACAGUCGAAUCGAACGUUGGGCUGAUAAGUUUAAGGGUCAAAUUGAAGGCUAUGCCCUACUACAGCAAGGUCGAGAUGGCGUUGUUAUUCUCGGUCAACUGGGUACAGAGAUUCAAAUAUAUUCGCAACUGUCAGCCAAUGCUGAAUUAAUAAAACGAACAGGCUGGAAUGGAAGCUACGAAUCGAUUGUAACCGGCUCUGAGGGUAACAGUUCAACGAUCGCUUUCAUUCAUUCAUCAUUUGAUGUACCACAAGAAGUUUAUUUUAUUAACAACAUUAACGAACUCAGUUCAGCUCAAGCAAUUACGAGCGAGAAUAAACUUUUUACUGAACGAAGUUUGCCCAAAGGCAAAGUGUACCGAUGGACAAAUGAAGAGGAUAAAACAGAAAUUGAAGGCAUUCUUUUGUAUCCACCAGAAAAUUUUGAACAAAAGAAUUUACCACUGCUAGUACUCAUCCACGGUGGACCAUACAUGGCAGAUGUAAACAUGUUUCGUGCUGGUUGGUAUACCUGUGCUGCUAUGAUGGCCACUGAUGGUUGGCUUGUAUUGCAGCCGAACUAUCGAGGUUCUUCAGGCUAUGGUGAUGAGUUUUUGAAUGGUAUGUUACUUGAAAUUGUUUCUCGUCCUGGCAAAGACAUAUUGUUCGGUGUCGAUGCAUUGAUACGUGACGGUAUCGCUGAUUCUACAAGACUAGUCGUUGGCGGUUAUAGCUAUGGUGGAUAUCUAACAAAUUGGCUGAUUACUCAAACAACUCGAUUCAAUGCUGCUCUUUCGGGUGCUGGUGCUAUUGAACACGUCGUUGAUUGGGGAACAAACGAUAUACCAGUAUCGAAUGUUUACCUGUUAGGUGGUUUUCCGUGGCAACAGCCUAGCCGAUAUCAAAUGGAAGCCGCUGUAUAUCAACUGGAUAAAGUUUGUACGCCCACUCACAUUAUUGUAGGUGAAUACGAUGUUAGAGUUCCCGUUGCAGAGGCUUACAUUUUGGAACGAUCAUUAAAAGCACUUGGCGUUACGACGAAAUUAAUUGUCUUUCCAGGCGAAGGUCAUGACAUAGAAAAUAAUCCUUGGCAUGAAAAAAUUAAAGUACGAGAAGAAUUGAAGUGGCUACAUAAAUAUGGUAAUACUCGCCCACAUAAAUGUAACAAAACUUUGAGUUCAUCCACGAACAAUAAACGCAUUCAGGAGAAUAUCCCAGUUUUUGUAGCAGCUCUCGUAUGUACUCUCUUGUUGUCUAGGUUCUAAACGGAAGGGAUUGUUCGUUCAUUUCGAAUGUGUUUUUCCACAUUUGCUACAAUUUGUUUCUCACUACUCUUAAAUAGUUUUAUUAUGAAAAUAUUUACAAUGAGGAAGAAUCGUCUCUAUCAAUUGUUCUUUCGCUUUGUUUCAAGACCAAAGAAAACAUAUUAAAUCAUCUAAUGGAUUUUCCCAAUUUCGAAAGAUUCUCGAAAGCACAAAUCUCUCCUAGCAGUUAAAUUUCUUAUCGACAUGAUUUUUUGUCAUACAAUGAAUCGGUAUUUUCAGAAUGAACAUGUAUUGUGCAGUCCUUGAAAGUAUUCAACUGAGUGUGCUCCCUUUUGAGUAUCAAAUCCCCAAAACCAUGAUGCUGCAUAUAACAAAUUUUACUCAUGAAAUAUGAUCAAGGAUCAUGCUUAGCUUAGACUCAAUAAGAAAAAUUUGGAAUCCAUGGAAGCGUCAUAAAAUGGCCUUCGUGGCUCUGCCCCGCCCCCUCCUCUCAAUGCGACCCCAUUUUGAAUGGAUAUGACUAGCAAUAGUUUUUUAUAUGUUUCAAUGCGCACCACGAUGAUCUGCUUCAUUGCAACAGUUUUUGUUGAGAAUUUCAUAGCAGUUUAUAUUUUUUCUGCUAGUUGGAAGAAUGCCUUUGCUGAUUUGAUCGAUUCGGAAGAUAUUGAAUCGUGGGCGGCUGAGAUGUUGUCGUGACUGUUUUAAUGAAUUGAAUUGAUCAAUGCUGAGUGUGGGUGUGGGUGUGCGUGAGGAUAUGAAUGAAUGUGAUUUACACGCACACCUACAUCCACAUCCACACUCAACACGUACACGACACUCUUUAACGAUGAAGUUUCUUUUCUCAAAAAUGAACAAUGGACUCGCAAUAUAAUAUAUUUGAACAAAACAGAAUAUGAUGUUUUUUAAGAAAAGAAAUUUAUUUCAUCAGUUUUUCCAAACUAACUCUUUUCUUUGAGAAAAAGAUUUCUAUACCUCAACUGUACACCAUUUGAAAAUUCGAACUUGGUAGUUCUGGUUCAGCGGGAACGAUAUUUUCUUGUUUUUCCCAUCCUGUUUGCCACAGGACUGGAGAACGAGAACAUUUGGAUGACAAUGAUAUUAAAACGUGGCUUUUGAUGAAAAUUGUUUUCGUUUGUGUAUAUAGGGUGUCCAGUAAGUAACUCCACAAAGAAAAAGUUGAAUAUCUUCAUUACAACUCGACCAAACGGGCUCAUUUUUUUACCAAGGAUAGAGGCAUGUUCACAUUUCAAAUCCAU